AUGUCGUUAAGAGUUGCUGCUGUUAAGUGGCUGCUGGGAAGGUUUGAAGUAUUGGGAGUGGUCGUGAAAGUUGGAAAAGCAGCUAAGCAGCUGGUCUAUGUUGAUUCCGUUGAAGGGAAUGGAAAAGAAGGAAGACAGCGAGUUCAGGCAAUCAAAGGACUUCCUUUAUUCUUAAUUCUUGAGAAUUUGGAUUUUUAUAGGUUAUAUUCUAUCAGCUUUAGGAAAAUUUAAUU